GGUUCAUUUUACGGACACGAACUUACGAUCAGACAUCGUGAUUAAGUUGCUAGACGCUUGCAGUAAUGGUUUAUGGGAUCUGUUAACCUGUGAUGUCGAUACAUUUGUUUUUAAUUUUAAAGCACUUUGAUUAAAAUUGGAAUGGCCAGUAAAGUUUGGAAUUCUGAGAUAUGGAAAACUUGGGAUAAGCAUGGAAAAAAUGACUUCCUCAAGCUAAUCAAGCACUUAUUUAAGGAAGGCAACGCAGCUGAAUGGAGACGGGGAUUAUACGAAUUGAUUUCAAAUGGAAUCCGUGGAAACAUAAAAAAGGAUAAUGUUAUUGCAACAUUAAGCGAAGUUACUAAUAUUGAUUGGACGAUACCAUCAGCAAUAGUUGAUAUAUUUACCUUAAUUGAUGCAGAAGUUCACACUGAAGAUAGGAAUAAUUUUUAUUAUAUUGUAAAAGAAUCUGAGAAGGUAUUAACGGACAGAAUAAUAAAAGAACGUUUAGAAAUUGAAACAUUGCAGGAUGUAGGAACAUUAAAGAACCGAAGUUUUCAAACAAAAUUUAUUAAAGUGAAAACGAAAUUAUACUACAAACAACGAAAAUUUAAUUUAUUCAGAGAAGAAAGUGAAGGUUAUUCCAAACUUAUUGUAGAAUUGAAUCAGGAACGUCCAGAAAGUGAAGUGGCGUCAAGUUUAGAAAUAGUGAAGUCAUUAAUUGGAUAUUUCAACCUUGAUCCUAAUCGCGUACUUGACAUUUUAUUAGAGACUUUUGAAAAUCGAUCAGAAGCCGAUGCAUUUUUUAUACCUUUAAUUCGUUCGUAUAUGAGCGACCAGCAAGUACUUUGUGAAGUUUUAGGAUUUAAAUACAGCUCUACUAUCAAUGCAACUCCAUUUUCCCUACAAAAGCUCACUGCACUGAUGCUACAACAUUCUGUAAUACAAUUGGAUGAUAUGCUUCCUUGGCUCGUACCAGAUGAUGAAACUAUUACUAAAGAAUACGAGCAAUCAUUGAAGCAGGCUAAAGAAUACGUUCGUAAGUUAAGUGUCAUUUCAACUAAAGAUAAAGAAGAAGUACCAGAAGAAAAAGAAAAUCCACAGGCUAAAUAUGCAAGUAACCAAAAAUUUGGUUUAUGCGAAGCAUUGUUAGAAAUAGGAGCUUGGGAAGUAACGCAAGCUCUUUUUAGUCGAUUACCGGAACAUUGCUUUACAGAUCAACGUCCUAUUGCAUUAGCAUUAUGCAGAAUGAUUCAAUCUCUUAUUGAACCUGUCUAUCGAAAGUAUUGCAUAAUAUCACCUAAAUUACAAGGUCGAAAAGUCCCUCCAUUAAAAAAUGCUUUAGCACCAAAACCAAUAUGUAGUUUAGAAGAGAUACAUGAUCAAUUAUUACCUAUGUUAAUAGUUCUUGGUCCUAAUUUACAUCAUGAUCCUAUUUUGUUAUAUAAAGUUAUGAGAUUGUGUCAUGCUGCUAUCAAACAGUGUCCAUUGGAUGCAAACAAACUACCAGUUGACAAAAACAAUAUCCUUUAUUAUGAUGUAUUGACAAUACUUGAUGUAGCAUUGUUACCAUCAUUAUCUUUCAUGGAUUGUAAUUGUUGUGUAGCUGAAGAAUUAUGGAAUAUUUUAAAAUACUAUCCAUAUCAGAAUCGUUAUUGUUUGUAUGCAAGAUGGAAAAAUGACACUCCUCUUCAACACGCGGCUUUACUCAGAAAACGAGCAGAUGCUCAGAAAAAAAUUAAAUCAAUCAUGAAAAGAGUUAGCAAAGAAACAAUUAAACCUGUUGGAAGAUCGAUUGGCAAACUAACUCAUUCUUCUCCUGGGGUAUUGUUUGAUUAUGUUCUUAUACAGAUUCAAUUAUAUGAUAAUCUCAUAGGACCAGUCGUAGAUUCAUUAAAAUAUUUAACAAACAUUUCUUACGAUGUACUUGGAUAUUGUCUUGUGGAAGCAUUAGCAGGGGCCGAUAGGGAUAGAUUCAAACAUGAUGGAACCAGUAUAUCUUUAUGGUUACAAUCUCUCGCAUCAUUUUGUGGUGCUAUUUUUAAAAAAUAUAAUAUAGAACUUACAGGUUUAUUGCAAUAUGUAGCGAAUCAACUUAAAGCACAAAAGAGUUUAGAUUUAUUGAUAUUAAAAGAAAUAGUACAAAAGAUGGCAGGCAUUGAAGCUGCCGAAGAAAUGACUGCUGAUCAAUUAGAUGCCAUGGCCGGAGGAGAUUUAUUGAAAAAUGAAGCCGGAUAUUUUAGUCAGGUUCGUAAUACGAAGAAAUCAUCACAACGUUUGAAAGAAGCACUUGCCGAACAUGAUUUAGCUGUAGCUCUUUGUUUAUUAAUGGCACAACAAAAACAUUGUGUUGUAUACAGAGAAACAGAUAAAUCUCAUUUGAAACUCGUUGGAAAAUUAUAUGAUCAAUGUCAGGAUACAUUGGUACAAUUUGGUACAUUUUUGGGUUCUACAAUGACAGUAGAUGAAUAUGUGGAAAGAUUACCAUCAAUACAUUCUAUGCUACAGGACAAUCAUAUACACGCAGAUGUUGCAUUUUUUCUUGCACGACCAAUGUUUGCACAUGCGAUUAAUAUCAAAUAUGAUGCUCUUCGUAAAGCUGAUCCAAAUUACAAGAAAAUGUCUAGUGCUAUAAAACAGGCUAAGUACGCAGAAGCUGCACAAGCUGUAAUGGCACCAGUUGCUCAAUCGGUUAGACCAUUACAUCCAUUAAAAGUAUGGGAAGAUAUUUCACCACAAUUUCUAGUUACAUUUUGGUCAUUGUCUAUGUAUGAUCUGUACGUUCCUGUUGAAAGUUAUCAAAGAGAAAUAAAUAAACUAAAGCAACUUGCUAUUCAAGCUGCAGAUUCCAAAGAUAUGAAUGCUAGCAAGGGAAAGAAAGAACAAGAAAGAUAUACUACUUUAAUAGAAAAACUACAAGAUGAAAGAAGGAAGCAAGAAGAACACGUUGAAAAAGUAUUUGCAUAUCUUAGACAAGAGAAAGAUUCCUGGUUUUUAUCUCGAAGCGCAAAAUCUGCAAAAAAUGAAACAAUAACGCAAUUUUUGCAAUUGUGUUUAUUCCCUAGAUGUACAUUUACAACAGUAGAUGCUAUGUACUGUGCAAAAUUUGUUCAUACUAUUCAUUCAUUAAAAACAGCUAAUUUUUCAACACUCCUUUGCUAUGAUAGACUUUUCUGUGAUAUCACAUAUUCAGUCACUUCGUGUACAGAAAACGAAGCAAAUCGUUAUGGCAGAUUUUUAUGUGCCAUGUUGGAGACAGUGAUGAGAUGGCAUUCAGAAAGAGCAAUAUUUGACAAGGAAUGUAGUAACUAUCCAGGAUUUGUUACUAAAUUUCGUGUAAGCAAUCAAUUUUCAGAAGCAAAUGACAUGGUCGGUUUUGAAAAUUAUAGACACGUAUGUCACAAAUGGCAUUAUAAAAUUACAAAGGCCAUCGUAGUUUGUUUAGAUUCUAAGGAUUACGUGCAAAUAAGAAAUUCUUUAAUAAUAUUAAUUAAAAUAUUACCACAUUUUCCCGUAUUAUCAAAACUUUCACAAAUAUUAGAACGUAAGGUUGAUAAAGUUAAAGAAGAGGAACGUGGCCAACGUCAAGAUUUACAUAUCCUAGCAAUAUCUUAUAGUGGCCAAUUAAGAGCUAGAAAUUCCUGUAUGAUACGUGAAUCAGAUUUUCAUCAUGUUGGCGAUAAGGCGGGUAAAGCACAGGAUUCAUCAAGUAAUGAAACAGUAGAAAAAGUUAGUAAUGGAAUUAGUAAAGAGAUAAGUAAUGGCGAUAGCAGAACAGAAAAAGAAAACAAAGAACAAAGAGAAAAACGCAGUGCAGUAAAUCAAGCUCAUCACAGCGAAAGUUCAGAAAAACUUCGGAAAAAAGAGGAAUGUAAAGAUGUUGCAGAUGGUAAAGAAAAACACAUCAAAAAGGAAGAAUCUAAAGAAGAAGAUAACAUUGAUAAAAAAGAUCGCAAAUAUUACAAAGAAGAACAUUAUUAUAGUGGUGGUGUGGAUAAUUUAGAUAGAGAUCUUUCUAGUGUGUCAAAUAGUAGUGCCAGUUCAGGACCAACACCGGAUGGAACCGAGAGAGUUUCAGAAGCCAAAAGAAGAAAACUUGAAAGUACCCCAAAGCAGGAAGGUAGGAGAACAGAAGCUACUCUUGAAAAAAAGGAACGUUCAAGCAAAACUAAAGUACGCGACGAACAAAAAGAACUUCGCAGAGAAAAAAAGUUAGGACGGAAAAGAGAUCGAGCUGAGGAAUCUUUGGUGCAGACUGAACAAAAACGAAGAAAAGAUGAUGAAAGAGCCAAAGGAGUACAUCAAAAUGGAGACGUAACGGAACAUAGAGAAAAACAUCAUUACAGCAAAUUGAUAAAGACGUCCACUUCGAGUAUAUUGAAAAGAUGAGACGGGAGACAGUAGCAAAGACGAGAAAACAUAGGAAAAAUCUCCGUAUACUAAGGAACGUACACAUGAACGUGAAGGACGUGAGAACAGAGACAAACA